AUGGGAACCAGAGCCCUUUUCCACCACAGAGAGGAGGAGCAGAAGGAGGAGAGGAAGCAGAGCUUGGAAAUGUGCUCCAGAACCAGGAAAAAAAGGUUUAAAACCAGUGAGGAAGAGGAGACUUUCAGCCCUGCAGACCUAUCCAUAGCAGCUGCCCUUGCCUUGACUUCUGAAACAUCAAACUCCAGGGAGUACAACCUCAGAAGGGAAGCUGACAUCCUGGAGCUGGAACAGAGGGGGCAGAAGAGGGUUUGCUUUGGGAAUGACAUGGAGAAGAUGGAAGAGGAGGUGAUGAGGAUCUGCAGGCAGCUGCGAGUGCGGGCUGAGCGCAGCAAGGCUCUGGAACAUGCCUGCCUGGAGAAGGAGCUGCUGGAGCUGCUCUCAGGGAGGGCUCCCAUCAUCUGGAUCCCGCUGCGGGCGCACGCGGUCUGGGAGAGGAUGGAUGUCACCCUGGCCUGCACCACCCUGGGCUCCCCUGUGCCACAGGCCACCUGGUAUAAAAAUGGGAUCCCCAUCGAUCUCCGCCGAGCCCCAGCAGGGAAAUACAAAAUGAGAAAUCGGUUUGGGAUGCUGACCCUGCACAUCAGCAGAUGCUCCAUGGAAGACUCUGCUGAAUACAGUGUGGAGGUAAAGAAUCAGUAUGGGGAAGCUUAUUCCUUUGCUACAGUGCUUGUCAGGAAAUAUUAUGGAAAGGAGUCAGGAUUUGAUUCAGAAAUAUACAAAAGAUCCCUUCUGGCCAGAGAGGCAGAUUUUGCUUUUCCACUGAAACCCUUAUUUGCAAGAGAAAAGGAGCCUUUCACCCUCUCCUGUUACUUCUCCUCUGAUUUACUGGAUCACCAACGAGGCAUCACCUGGUUCAGAGAUGGGGAGCUGCUGCAGGACUCAGAGGGGCAGGAGCUGAGGCUGCAGGGGUGUGAGGCCUCGCUGACAGUGCCGUGUGCUCACAAGGAGGACGAGGGAUUCUACACCAUCCGCGUGCCCUCGCUGCAGGGGGACAAGGAGCAGAGCACCUACGUGUUUGUGAGAGAUGCUGCAGCAGCCACAGCUGGAGCCCCAGGAUCCCCCCUGAACGUGAAGUGCCACGAUGUGAACAAAGACUGCCUGAUCCUUUCCUGGGUACCCCCCAGUGAUGAUGGAGGGAGCCCCAUCCUGGGAUACCUCAUUGAGAGGUGUGAGGCUGGCUCAGAGCAGUGGCUGCAGUGCAGUGCCCAGCCUGUGAGGAGCUGCAGGUGCCCAGUGCUGGGCCUGGCAGAGGGACAAACCUACCAGUUCAGGGUCAGGGCUGUCAACAAGGCUGGCACCAGCCACCCCUCCAAGGCCACUGACCCUGUCACAACCCACGACCCCAGCAGGGACAAGAGAGUGACAGUGAUUCCAUACGACCAGGGCAGGACCAUAGAAAUAUCCAAGGAUGACCUGGAGGGAGACAUUAAAAUUCCCUUGCCACCCACCAAUGUUCAUGCAAGUGAGGUCAGAGAGGAUUAUGUGGCUCUGGCCUGGGAUGAGCCAGAUCCAAGAGGCAGAGAGCCACUGAAUUAUUAUGUGGAAAAGUCCCUUGUAGGCAGCAACUCCUGGCAAAUGGUGAACCUGGAUUUGCCAGCAAAUUCCCCAAGAUUUGCACUCUUUGGUCUGGCCAAGGGAAAAUCCUUCCGGUUCCGCGUGCGAUCCGUCAACAAGUUUGGGAUCAGUGAGCCCUCUGUGCCCAGCCCUCCUGUCACUGCUGGGACAAAACUGGCCCCUCUGCCUCCACCAUCUCAGGUUCUGGCAUUCAGAGACACCAAGACAUCAGUGGUUGUGCAGUGGGACAAGCCCAAGGAUGGCCUGGAGCCCCUUGGUUAUUACAUUUACUGCAGGGAGACGGGCACAGAGGAAUGGCAAACAGUCAACAACAAACCAGUGACCUGCCAGCAAUUUACUGUGCCUGGGCUGCAGCCUGGAAAGGAAUAUGUGUUCUGUGUGAAAUCUGUCAGUGAGGCAGGACUGAGUGAGAGCUCACCAGAAACAGAUCCCAUCGUUGUCAGGCCAGCAAUUGCCUGUCCCUCUGUCCCACAUGGCUUUGUGCUGCUGCACUGUGGCAAGACUGAGAUGACCAUUGGCUGGAAAGCCCCAAAGCACAAAGGAGGAACAAAGAUCCUGGGAUAUUUCCUGGACCAGCACGACAACUCUGAGCCAGACUGGCACGAAAUCAACACCCAGCCAAUCCCUCGGCGAGUUUGCACGGUCAGCAGCCUGCAGCAGGGACACCUGUACCAGUUCCGUGGCCGGGCCAUGAACAAGGCUGGAGUUGGAGAAGUGUCUGAGCCCAGUGACUUGUUCAGGUGUGAGGAAUGGACAAUGCCAGAGCCAGGCCCUCCCCACGAUGUCAGGUGCUCGGAGGUGAGGGACUCCUCCCUGAGGCUGCUCUGGGAAGCUCCGCUGUACCAGGGGGCAGGGCCGGUCACCGGCUAUUUCCUAGAGCUGUGUGAAGAAGGCUCAGAGGACUGGAAACAAAUCAACAAGCAGCCCACAGGCAGCACCCACAUGAAGGUGGCAGAGCUGGACCCAGAUAAAUGUUACAUUUUCCGGGUACGAGCACUGAACAAGGCUGGAGUUGGGCCCCCUUCACUGCCCUCAGAUCCUGUGGUGCCUAAAACCAAACCUGGCACAAAUGAAAUCGAGCUGGGGGUGGAUGAGGAGGGUUUCAUUUACAUGGCCUUUGAAGCUCCUGAAAAGAAUGAGGACUCUGAAUUCAUCUGGUCAAAGGACUACGAGGGACCUCCAGCCCCUGAGCGAGUGCAGAUGGAAGAGAAAGGGAACAGAUCAAAACUGAUCCUGAAAGAGCCCUCAGAAAAGGACCUGGGGGUGUAUUCAGUGGAGGUCACAGAUGUAGAUGAUGACAUCUCUGCCAGCUGCACUUUAACAAAAGAAGAUCUGGACAAGUUACUGAAACGUAGCCACGAAAUCAGGAACCCACUGAUCAAGCUGAUCUCUGGCUGGAACAUCGAUGUUCUGGAGCGAGGGGAAGUGAGGCUGUGGCUGCAGGUGGAGGAGCUGUCCCCAAAUGCUGAGCUGCACCUGAUCUUCAAUGACAAGGAGCUCACCAGUACCCCUACACACAAAAUCAACUUUGUCAAAGAGAAAGGCCUUGUGGAACUGAUCAUCCAGGAUUUCUGUGCUGAUGACAAAGGGGUGUACACAGCCCAGCUCAAAGAUGGCAAAGCCAAAAAUCAAUUCCCCCUCGUUCUCAUGGAUGAAGCUUUUGCAAAAGUGGCAGAAGAAGCUGAAGCAAAAAGGAGACAGUGGAAGAAAAAGCAGGGUCCACAUUUCAUAGAGAACCUGACAUGGAAAGUUCUGGAGAGCUGUGAAGUGCUGCUGAGCUGCAAGGCAGCAAACCUGAGGAAGGACACAAAAUUCCAGUGGUUCUUCAAUCACAAGGCACGAGCUGGGGGAGUGUUUGAUCCACAGACUGGGAUGGGAACUCUGCAGAUCCCAAAGGUAACCAAAGCAGAUGAGGGGCUGUACAAAGCAGUUGUUUCAGAUAACAGAGGAGAGGACUCCACCCAGCUGGAGCUCACAAAAGGAGCCUUUGAGGAGCUUCUGAAGGAGCUGUGCAGGAUCAGUGCUCUUUCUGCUACACCCCUGAAAAUCCAGCCCACUGAGGAAGGCAUCAAAAUCUACACAGAGGUCAAGUACUACACAGACUACAUGAAAACCACCUGGUAUCACAAGGAUAAACAACUGGAGAGCCGUGACAGGACCAGAGCUGGGAGCACCAUGAACCAGAUCUGGCUGCACAUCCUGGAGCCCAGGGAGGCUGAUAAGGGCAAAUACACCCUGGAGUUAUUCGAUGGGAACAGCUCCCACAGACUGAGCACAGACCUGGCUGGCCAAGCUUUUGAAGAUGCCCUGGCUGAGCACAGGAGGCUAAAGGAAGCUGCCAUAGCAGAGAAACGUCGUGCCAGAGUCGUUCAAGGUCUGCCAGAUGUUGCCACCAUCAUGGAGGACAAGACCCUGUGCUUAACUUGUUGUGUGUCUGGAGACCCCUACCCAGAGAUCAGCUGGUUCAAAAACGACAAGGUCAUCGUGUUCAAGGACAGAUACAAGAUGGAUGUGAAGGGCUCAAUGGUCACCAUCACCAUAGAGAAGGUCUGCAAUGAAGACACAGGGAAAUACAGCAUCUAUGUCAAGAAUAAAUAUGGCUCUGAAACAGGGCAGGUCACCAUCAGUGUCUACAAACACGGGGACAUCCCAGUAGCAACAGAGCAGGAAAUCCCAGCUGGGGUUACCACAAAAAAGUCUAAAUGAAUUCAUUGUCUCCUAGUGUUUAAAAGGAAUUUAACUCCUUCAGAUGCCUUUUGGUGUCUCUGCCCUAAAAUUCAGGCUUGUGUCUCUGUUUAUUUUAGCAGUAUUUCAGGAUUUUGGCGUUGUUAGAGAACCAUUCUUGUGUGUGCACUGCAUGUUCACCUUCCAGAGAGACUCUGCCCUGGUGAAUCUGUGUGGGAAAUACCAGAGGAGUCACACGUGAGGCUUUCAGUGGAGGCUUUUGUAUUAAAUCACUACUUGUAGCAGA